AUAAUACGAAGAAUUGAAAAGCAAUUCAAGUCCGCAGCAAAUUUCUCAUGGGAUAGGAAUUGGUUUAUCAUGAAAUGCAGGUAAAAUUGAUUAAAGAAGGUUCGACGGCAAAAUUCUUGUAAAGGCAAAGGAAUUAGAAGCCAGAAAAAAGUAUUUUGGAGCGAUUUCGUGAUCGUCGGCGUCAAAUCGUGCACUUUGAGUUCUUUCAGGGCCGAUUGGGUCGGGGAAAGCUUUUGGGCAUGUGUUUCCGGUGUAAAACGAUGAAUUCUUGGCAAAAGUGUAAAAUUUACCCUGUAUCUAUGACGUAUUUUUGAGUUAUGGUGUAGAUUGAGGAAAAAUAUACUGUUAGCUAAAAUAAACACUGGAGAAGCUGUCAAAUAAGGCUCGAAACGAGGGAUUUAUUGGCGUCGGGUUGUAUCGAGCAGAUCGAUGAAAAUUUUUGACUUAAAGCUUGUUCUGCAGUAAAAUUUGAAACUUGCAGGAAUUUGUUUUUGUAAAUAAUGGAGAAUUCGUCGAAAUUCGAGGUUUUUUUGCCUUCAAUUCGAGCAUUGAGUGGAAAAGGUCAGAAUAAAGGCUGCGAAUAGAUUUGAGUAAGAAGAUUGUGUAGAUCGGGCUCCAAAUGGCGUCAGCUGAGCCUGGUUUGGGUGAAGUUUCAGAAAGGAAGGCAUCUACUGGGUGGAAACUGUGUGGAUUACCGACGUGGCAGAAGAAGCCUGUCGAACGACGGACUUCUAGGAGUCGUAGCAGUGGGCGCCCUCCUGCCAAGAAUCAACAGUCUUUAAUUGCGGUUGCAAAAUCCUGCCUUUUGACUCGGCGGCGGCUCCGGCUUGAUCCUUCUAAGAAGCUUUAUUUUCUCUAUGAACCUGGGAAGCAAGUUUCCAGUGCGGUGAGGAUAAAGAAUGUCAGUCGAUCAUAUGUAGCUUUCAAAUUCCAGACAAAUGCUCCCAAGAGCUGUUUUAUGCGACCUCCAAAUGGCAUUCUUGCACCAAAUGAAUCAAUAACGACAAGUGUUGUAAAAUUUGUGGAGCAGCCAGAAAACUCUCAAGAAGGGAAGAUGAAGCAGCCAGAAAAGUCAAAGGAAAGGAAAACGAAGGAUAAGUUCAAGAUUGUGAGCUUGAAAGUGAAGGAUGGUGUUGAAUAUACUCCAGAACUGUUCGAAGAGAAUAAGGAGGUGAUAGCAGUGGAGAAAGUUUUACGUGUAGUGUUUCUUGAUCCACAACGUCCUUGCAAGGAGCUGGAUAAAUUGAAGAAACGUCUUGUAGAAGCAGAAGCCAAUAAUCAAGCUCGUAAAAAGCCUCAGGAGGACAAAACUUCGAAACCACCUGCUCCAGCAGAAGGUGUUAUAGAUGAAUGGAAGGAACGGAGAGAGAAAUAUCUUGCUAAACAACAGGGUGAAGUAGCAGAUUCUGGGUGAACAUGCUACAACUUUUACAGGGAAAUAUGUAGUUAUUUUGUUUAAAGAACUAAUGCCUGUUUUAUUUUGAGCUUCAAUAGAAGAUGUAGGGAAAUAAAAUUUAGACAUCACAGUAUAGAAGCCAAAGCACUGCAUCCAGCUACAAUACAAUAUCUCAUCAAAUGCAGUGGUCUUUGAAGAGAAUCUUGUAUGUAUAUAAUGUUUGCCAUUGCAAACUGACAUUGCAAUUUAUUGUAAGUGCUAAUUCAACAAUACCCAAUAUUGCGUCAUUGUGCUUUUAGGUUUUGCUGGACUUUGAUUCCAUCACUUAAAAGUGCGUUGGAAUUGCAAAGUUCUAAUAAAUUCUUGUUAAGGAGUUUGUAUUUA